CCUUCUUCCGCUUCUAUAUAGGAUUCCGAAAUACCCGAUAAAAUACACAUUGAUGAUCGUAAUACCAUCAAAACUCUAAUUGUCACGCUUAUGUUGCGAUCUCCGCCGGCAUUGCAAAAACAACUCAGUGAUGCUGUUAGCAUCAUUGGUAAAUAUGAUUUUCCCAAGAAAUGGCCACAACUUAUCGAUGAAAUGGUUGAUAAAUUUGCAACUGGUGAUUUUAAUGUAAUUAAUGGCGUUCUACAAACGGCUCAUUCACUCUUUAAACGUUAUCGUUAUGAAUUUAAAUCACAAAAUCUUUGGGAAGAAAUUAAAUUGGUUUUGGAUCGUAUGGCUAAACCUUUAACCGAUUUACUUUUGGCCACUAUGCAAUUGACUAAAGUUCAUGAGAAUAAUACGGAGGCAUUGAAAGUUAUUUAUGGUUCAUUGGUGUUGGUGUGUAAAGUAUUCUAUUCGUUAAAUUCACAAGAUUUGCCGGAAUUUUUUGAAGAUAAUAUGGCUACUUGGAUGAAAGCAUUCCAUGAGCUAUUGACAGUAGAUGUAGCAUGCUUACAUACGGGAGAUGAUGAAGAUGCUGGGGUAUUGGAACAUUUGCGUUCACAAGUUUGUGAGAAUAUUGGCAUGUAUGCUCAGAAAUAUGAUGAAGAAUUUGCUCCUUUUAUGGAAACUUUUGUCACCGCCGUGUGGGAAUUAUUGGUUAGAACUGGCAUGCAAACUAAAUAUGAUGCGUUGGUUUCCAAUGCUUUGCAAUUCCUGUCCGUGGUUGCCGAACGUACACAAUAUCGUAAAAUUUUUGAAAAUCCUGAAAUUUUAGCAAAUAUUUGCGAAAAAGUAGUUAUACCCAAUUUAGAUUUCCGUCAAUCGGAUGAAGAACUUUUCGAAGACAGUCCCGAAGAGUAUAUACGUCGUGAUAUAGAGGGUUCUGAUAUUGAUACUAGACGUCGUGCUGCUUGUGAUUUAGUUAAGACUUUAUCACAAAAUUUCGAAGCUAAAAUCUUUGGAAUAUUUGGUCAAUAUUUAGAGAUUUUAUUGGGCAAAUAUAAAGAGAAUCCAGUGGCCAAUUGGCGUGCCAAAGAUACUGCUAUCUAUUUGGUAACUUCAUUCGCUUCACGUGGUGGUACUCAAAAACAUGGUAUUACCCAAGCAUCAGAAUUGGUACCUUUGCCAGAGUUUUGUGCUCAACAGAUAGUUCCCGAAUUAGAGAGGCCUAAUAUUAAUGAACUUCCUGUUUUGAAAUCGGCGGCUCUUAAAUUUAUUAUGGUUUUUCGCAGUUUAUUGGGCCAGCAAACUUUAUUGGCUGCUAUGCCUCAUUUAAUACGUCAUUUACCCGCUGAAAGUGUGGUGGUACACAGCUAUGCUGCCUGUGCUUUGGAGAGAAUUUUCACCAUGAAAGAUCCAGCUAAUGCUUUACUCAUUGGUCCCCAACAUUUGGCACCAGUGGCUAAUGAUCUUUUGGGUGCUCUAUUCGCCACUUUAGCUUUGCCCGGCUCGAAUGAAAAUGAAUAUGUUAUGAAGGCAAUAAUGAGAAGUUUUGCCUCAUUACAAGAACAUUCGUUACCCUUUAUGGGUGUGGCUUUACCACGUCUUACCGAGAUUUUAACUAUGGUAGCUAAGAAUCCUUCAAGACCUCAUUUCAAUCAUUAUUUAUUCGAAACCAUUUCCUUGGCCAUUAAAAUUGUUUGUAAAACCGAAACCGCUGCUGUUAGUUCUUUCGAAGAGGUUUUGUUCCCUGUUUUUCAGGGUAUUUUACAGCAAGAUAUUUUGGAAUUUAUGCCUUAUGUCUUUCAAAUGUUGUCAUUACUUUUGGAAAUACGUGAAGGAUCGGGUCCUAUACCUGAACCUUACUGGGCUCUAUUUCCCUGUUUAUUAGCUCCUCCUCUAUGGGAUAGAUCGGGUAAUGUUACCCCUCUUAUACGUUUACUCUGUGCAUUUAUUAAACAAGGUUCAGCUCAAAUUGUAGCCAUGGAAAAAUUGAAUGCCAUUUUGGGUAUAUUCCAAAAAAUGAUUGCUUCUAAAGCCAAUGAUCAUGAGGGCUUUUUCCUUCUUCAAAAUCUUUUAACUUAUUAUCCACCCAAUGAUUUACAGGCCAGUAUGCGUCAAAUAUUUGCUUUGUUAUUCCAACGUCUGUCAUUGUCCAAAACUACGAAAUAUGUUAAAGGUAUUAUUGUUUUCUUCUGUUACUAUACUGCCAAAUUAGGCGCACCCGCUUUGGUGGAAUUAAUCGAUCAAAUACAAGCCAAUAUGUUUGGCAUGGUAGUCGAUCGUGUUUUUAUACAAGAUAUGGCUAAAGUUUCUCUUGAAUUAGAGCGUAAAAUUGUAGCUGUUGGCAUUUCGAAAAUAUUAUGUGAAUGUCCUGCUAUGUUGGCACCACCCUAUAAUCAAAAUUGGUCUAGAUUAUUGCAGGCCUUAGUUGAGCUCUUCGAAUUGCCUCCCGAUAAGACAGCUUUAGAAGGUGAUAAUUUCGUUGAACCCGAUGAUGCUUCCGGUUAUCAGGCGGCCUUUUCUCAAUUAAGCUAUGCUCAACCUAAAACACAAGAUUUUCUACCAGAAGUCACCGAUGGUCGUAAAUUUUUAGCUGAUUCUUUGGCUAAAUUGGCUCAGGUACGUCCUGGCGAAGUACCCCAAAUGGUGUCUGCCAUUGGUGAUCAUCAUAAGCAGGCUUUGCAAAAAUAUUGCGCCCAAUAUGGUGUACGUAUUGUUUAAGUUGUUUUGUGUAAGUUUUUUUUCUUAUACUAUCACAUUUUUUUACUGUUUUUUUAUAUUAUUAUUUUUCUUCAAAAUUUUGUUAAUUUUUCUAUUCAAUUGUUUAGUUUUUGGCAUUAAAUAAAACUUAUAAACUUU